GUGAAUCGCUUUCCUGCUCCUGCUUCUUUUCCGACCAUCAAAUUUUGCAACAAUGUGUAUCGCACUGUUAUCAACUGCCCAUCCAUCUUAUUCAUUGAUCAUAAUCGACAAUAGGGAUGAAUACCUUCGACGACCAACAUCCCCCGCCGACUGGUGGCCAGAACCAACAGCCGACAUCUUAGGUGGCCGAGAUCUAGCCCGAGCGACACAUGGGACGUGGAUGGGAAUCACUAAAGAUGGAAAAGUAGCUGUGUUGACCAACUACCGCGAGGACACUUCCGAACAAGCUACUGGAGCGCGAAGUCGAGGUCUCAUCGUUAACAGCUGGCUGACAUCGGCUCCGGACCGACGACAGUCAACCGAGGAGUUUGUGCAGGGAAUGGUUGCAAGCCCGUCUGCCAGGAAUGUCGGUGGAUUCAGUCUUCUGUGCGGUUACGUCAAUGAACCCCUGGCCAUUGUCUCCAAUCGCUCGUCUACCAUGGAUCAUAUCGCCUGGGUUGCAACAGAGAAAGGUCAGACACUCGGCCUCAGCAAUACAGUUUUUGACGACCGAUCUUGGCCCAAAAUCCUUGAGGGCGAGAGACUGAUGAAGGAAGCCAUUGCUGAGCACGCGCAGGCGGGGGAGGACGAGGAUGCACUCGUCAACAGAUUGCUCGAUAUGCUGAGUAUCAAUACGCUACCUAAGCUUGCCGAGGAUGCCACCGCGGAAGACUACCUCCCGUACUUCAGGCAAAGCAUAUUUAUCCCAGUAUUGGGAGCUCGCGAGAAGUCUGUUAAACGCAAAGACGAGGUGCCUGCAGUCUGCGUUGAGAGCAAAACGGCGGAGGAUGCUUCUUCCGGGCAACAUGAUGCUCUAGACCACUCCUUCCUGCAGGGGGCAUAUGGGACACAGCAGCAAACUGUAGUCUUGGUGAGUACAGACGGACGAGUGCGCUAUUUUGAGCGUACGCUUUAUGACAAUGAUGCCACUGCCAUCCCGGUCGGUCAAGGUGAUCGAUCGUUUGAAUUCCAUGUCGGCCAACGAUGAGAAAAGGGGACUGCGGACUGGGGUCUUCGGUAAAUUGCAAUGCACUUGCCUGCACAUGGGUCUUUGCUCCGACUCUCAAUGGGUGUGGCUUUGUAAAUAGUAUAAUGGUUUAAUAUCGAGAAUGCCAAAAUAGCAACUGAUUGCAAGCUACUGGAUAAGCGAAGUGGGCAUGAACUAGGCACCAGCUGGCAGUCUAUUCGAGAAAUCACUCAGUGCGACUAGAAGCGCCAC